AUGUUGUCUCCCUCUCUGAGAUUCAAGGUUGCUGCUGUACAAGCUGCGCCAGUCGCUUUCGAACUAGAGGCUUCUAUCCGAAAGCUUGAACAGUUCACAAAAACAGCAUCUAAAGCCGGCGCUGACCUGGUUGUCUUUCCCGAGGGGUUCCUCAGUGCUUAUCCCUGGCGUUACGCUUUCGACGCGACAAUCGGUGCACGCGAGCUCCGAGGCCGUCAGUGGUAUGCGAGAUACCACCAGUCAGCAGUUGCGAUUCCUUCGCCUGAGUUCGACCAUCUGUGUUCCAUUGCCAGGGAACAUGAUGUAUUGCUAUCCAUCGGGAUAAUCGAGAAGGAGAGAGACACAUUAUACUGUACGGCGAUAUUGCUUUCGAGAAAAGGAGAGUUGUUGUACGCCCAUCGAAAGCUAAUUCCCACUGCUGCUGAAAGGCUAGUAUGGGGCCGUGGAGCAGGCGAUGGACUUCAAGUUGUAGAUACGGAUAUUGGGCGUGUCGGUGGACUGAUUUGCUGGGAGAAUUAUAUGCCCGCUGCCAGACUGGCGCUGUACCAGCAAGGAAUCGAGGUGUACAUCGCGCCGAAUGCAGACGAUCUUCCGGCUUGGGUUGCCUCGAUGCAACACAUUGCAAAGGAAGGGCGGUGUUUUGUCGUCUCGGUGAACCAGUUCACAAGGGUUGACGACUUUCCUUCGGACUACCCGCCUUUCACAGCUAGUCACCAUGAUAGACAGCCUGACGGUUCAGCUUGGACUCCUGAAGCAAUUCUCAGUCAUGGCGGUUCAUGCAUCGUCGGGCCUUUGGGCACUUUUAUUGCGGAGCCUGUGUGGGAUCAGGAAGCCAUCGUUUAUGGAGAAUUGAACAGAGGCGAUCUGGUGGAGGCCCGGAUGGAUUUUGAUGCUGUUGGGAGCUACUCCAGGCCUGAUAUCUUUACGCUGACCGUCAAUAAGAAGCCAGGGACCAAUGUGUACUUUUCUGAUGAAUGA